UCUGAUUACUAGCUCAGACAACUCUCGGGUCACCCUCUGAUCGACGCUCUGCUUACGACGACACUAUUGACUACCAUUGAACAAUGGCUCGUCUAGCUGUCACUACUUGCUUGAUCUUUCUGCUUAUAGCGUGGAAGACUCAGUGUCAAUCAACUCCAACCACAGAUACAUACACCAUAAUUGGACCUAAAGGCGAAAAGGGUGAACGGGGACGUGAUGGUCGACAUGGCUUUGAUGGAUUACCAGGCCCACAAGGACCACCUGGAAGUAAGGGUGAACCAGGAAAAAUUGUGUUUGGCUUUGAUGGACUUCCAGGCAGACAAGGCCUACCUGGAUUUCCGGGAGCCCGAGGUACUAAAGGAAACAAAGGGGAUAAGGGAGCGUUUGGUAUUGGUCUACGAGGACGGGAUGGCUGGAGAGGAGCACAAGGUCCAAAGGGGCAAAAGGGCACCAGUCACCCAGUUGAACUUCCAUCACAGCGACCUGCAGCUCAUUUGCUUUCCCUUUCUGAAGGAUACAUAGAUGAAUCAACAUGGGUUACGUUCUCAAAUAGACCAAAUGAAACAUUUGUUCAGGGUGGAAUGAUUUACUAUAACAACAAAUUCCUAACCAUUCCUAGAAAUGGUCUCUACUACAUCUAUGGUCAGCUAUCAUGUUACCACACUGCAGACAACUAUUGUGGACUGUCAAUAAGCCAGAAUGCCACCAUCAUUUCAUUUGCAUUUCAUGGCCAAUCAAGUCCAGAUUCUAGUUGGCAAUCAGUUUCUACCAACACAGUGAGGAUGUUACAAAGAGGAGACAUAUUAUCUCUAUCAACACAAGGUUAUGGCUAUUAUUAUAUAUCUAAAAAGAACAACGUGCGAUCAUUCUUUGGAGCAGUAGCAUUAACAUAGAACUGAAGUUGUGGGCAACAGAAAGUUGACUUCGUACACUGCCUUGAGAGUCAGUGUUGCUUAGUUAGUAGCUGUCUUGACCUAUACGAGCAUCAUUGAUCAUGGUUGAACUUUGCUUAUAAUGGUCAAAUUCACUUGUAUGUUUCCCA